ACCCCCGGGCCGCGAGCCACCCCCGGGCCAUAGGGACCCCCCGGGCCAUGAGUGACCCCCGGGCCGCGAGCGACCCCAGGGGCCCGCUGCCGCGGGGAACGGCCCAGAAAGCGUCAGCCCGGCUGCUUCGGAGAGCGAGGGAAAGCGGAGGCUGGGGCGGAGAGGGAUUCGACGCUGGCGGGCUCUGCUGUCCCCUCCCCUCGAAGCCUUCCUGGCGCUGCCCGGCCCCGCCAUCCCGCGCCGGGGGGCCCGUGCGUUUCUCGGGAUGCGAUCGAUGUUGGUCGGAAGCGACAGCGCCGUGUCAUUGUCCCAGCAGGUCCAGGGCACCGGCGGCAGCAGCGCCGUCAGCAAGUGCUCGGCGGCAGCGCGGGGCUAUAUCCAGGACCGGUUCCUGCGGCUGCUGGCGGGGCGGCGGCGGCGGCGAGCGCCGCUUAUCCACCGGGGUUAUUACAUCCGUGCCCGUGCUGUAGAUCACUGUGUUCAUGACUUCCUGCUGAAGACACAAAGCUUACCCAGGACACAGAUCCUAUCUUUAGGUGCUGGCUUUGAUUCCUUAUACUUCCGUUUGAAGGACAUAGGUCUUCUGCAUCACACUGUGGUAUAUGAGGUAGAUUUCCCAAAUGUGGCACGCCAAAAAGCUGCUCUGAUCAAAGGAAUGAAAGAGUUGUCAGCACUGGUGGGAGACACUGGAGGGGAAGGAUUAGGAGCCAUUACCUUUUCCGCAGUGGAUUAUAAAUUACUGGGAGUGGAUUUAUCAGAGCUGUCUGAGCUGGAGAGAACCCUGGAGGAAGCAGGACUGAACAAGGAAAUCCCCACCCUCUUCAUCGCAGAGGUGGUGCUCACCUACAUGGAGAACACCAGGUCAGAUGCCUUGAUUCAGUGGGCAGCAGAGCAUUUCCCUCAGGCAUGCUUCCUGGUGUAUGAGCAGGUACACCCAGAGGACCCCUUUGGACAUGUCAUGCAGCAGCAUUUCAGCCAGCUGAACACAGCACUGCACUCACUGGCACAGUACCCUGACUGUGAGUCACAGCAGAGGCGCUUUCUGGAGAAGGGCUGGACUGAGUGCAGUGUCAUGGAUAUGAAUGAGUUUUUCUCCCGUUGUAUUCCAGAAGAUGAGCAGCAAAGAGUGCAGACUCUGGAGCCUUUUGAUGAGUAUGAGGAAUGGCAUCUGAAAUGUUCUCAUUACUUUGUGUUGGCUGCAUCAAAGGGGAUGGAACCUUCCUGGACUCCUUUGUUACCCAGUGUGACAGCUCCUCGUCAUGCUGGUCCUGUAGGGGUGGCAGGGAGUGUCCCUGCAGCAGUAUGUGCAAGGCUCUCAGGAGUUCCUGGCCUGAGGCGUUAUGGUCACCACUCUGUUCUUCUAAAACCCAACGUGAUUCUGACCACGGGAGGCUUUGGGGAGGAGGAUGGACAACACUGCCGCAUGAGAAAUUUCCAUCUGCUGAGUAAGCGUGCAGGCUACUGGGAAGCUGUCUGUGUGACACAGAAUAUUCCUGAUAAAAGAUGGGGUGAGAGGUUGUACCAUACUGUGUCUUGUCUCUCAGACACUCUUGCCCUUGUGGUAGGAGGACGAACAUCCCCAUCGAGCGCAGGCUUGGGAAUGUUGUGGCUGAAAUUCCCCAAAACCUGUAAUGCUGGCCCAGAUGAUGUUGGAGUGGAGCUUGUAAGUCUGCAGCCUGCUGCUGAAGCAGCAGCUUUGCGUUGGAGACACAGCACAACUGAAAUGACAUUCAAAGGUGAGCAGUACCUGUUUGUGUAUGGUGGCCGCUCUGCUCUGGAGCCUGUGCUUGGGGAUUGGUUUUUCCUGCACACUCCAGAGCUCUCCUACACUGUGAUUGCUGUUGAGGGCCCAGUCCCAGAAAGCCGCCACUCUCACAGUGCCUGCAGCUGGGAAGGAGGUGUGCUGAUUGCAGGAGGUCUGGGAGCAGCUGAGCAGCCCUUGGCUUCAGUUUUCCUUUUGAGGCAGCUUGAACAUGGCUUACAGUGGCAGACAAUAGAGACACACCCUCCUCUUGUCCCAAGGUAUUCACAUACUGCACAUGUGCAUGAAGGAAAGCUUCUCCUCGUUGGUGGAGUGUGGUUUCAUGCUUCCUCUGUGCCAGGUGUCACUGUCAUUGAUUUAAUGACUGGUCUCUGCUUGAACUAUGUGAUUGAUGUGGUAAGUACUGAAAUUGUUCUUUCAAGUCAAGCAGUGGCCUGUGAAGAACCAUGGCAGCUUUAUGGAGAGGUCAGAUCCCAGCACAGAGAACUUAUCAGUAUUAAGGGAGGGAGAGAUGGAAUGUGCAGAAGACUGGAACAUGGAGCUGCUCUGUUUCAGACAAGGGGCAACAGAACUGAAAUGGGCGCAAGUAUAGUCACUUGAGGAUGUCUGUGGAGGAGGGGAACAGAUAAACCAGGGGCUAAGUUAGUGUUUAUGGAGGUCUUUCGUAUAAUUUCAUUGGGAAUUUGUUGGUGGAAACUGCAGUGUGCUGAAGCUGCUGCCUGAAGUACAAGAAUAAAGCUAGCUAAGAAAUACUGGAAACUCCACUGGAAUGUGAAAGUUUCCUGUAGGUUUGACUGAAUGCUGAACAGAUUGCUCAGAGAGGCUGUCGUAUUUCUGUUAUUGAAGGUACUUGAAAAUGCACUGGGCAAGGUACUCCGUGGUGUGGAGUACCAAAAAGCUUGCUUGAGUUGAGCCUGCUUUGAACACAUGGUCUGUGAACACAUGGACUGAAUGAUGCUUGGAGGGUCCUUCCAAAUUUAACUAUUUGGUGACUUUCUUCUAUGAAUCACUGAAGAACAGUCAUACAGGUGGUGUCACACAGCAGGAUUUUGGCAUACUCUGGACAAAACUUGGUCUACAUCUCUGAGUAGCCCUCAUCUCAGAUAAUACUGCCUUGAGUAAAAGAAAGACAUAGAUCUGUUGGAUGAAAUCCAUAGAAGGGCCACAAAGAUCAUCAAUCAUAGAGCUGGAGCUGAUCUCCUGUGAGGAUGCACUGAGAGUUGGCAUUGUUCAGCCUUUGGAGAGAGAGAGAGGCUCCGGGGGGACCUUAGAGCCCCUUCCAGUACUUAAAGGGGGGCUUGUAAGCAAGAUGGGGACAAACUUUUUAGCAGAGCCUGUAGUGAUAGGACAAGGGGUGGUGGUUUUCAUCUAAAGGACAGUAGAUUCAAACUAGGUAUAUGGAUGAAAUUUUUUAUGAACAGUAUGGUGAGGCACUGACAAAGGCUGCCCAGAAAAGCUGUGGCUGUCCCAUCCCUGGGAAUGUUUGAGGCCAGGUUAGAUUGGGCUUGGAGCAACCUGGUCUAGCGGAAGCUGACCCUGCCCAGUGCCAGGGGGUGGAGUGAGGUCCUUUUUAAGGUUCUUCCAUCCCAAACCGUUCUCUGAUUCUGUAAGAACGUUUCUUUUGCUUGACAUGUUUUUAUUUAUCUUUUAUGUAAAGAAACAACUUUCUUUUGAUAACUUUACACAUGGAACCUGUUGUUGGUGAAACGAAUUUGUGAUGGGUCAGUUUUCUAUAGUGGGCAGCAUGUAUGCAUCUAGUUGACCUUGCAGCAUUUUGCUGAGGGUAUAAAAGCAUGAAACGUGCUUAAUUUAAUUUAACAAUUACUGUUUGUAGCAGAAGUUAUAAGUGGCCUCAUAUCCUUUAGAUAAAAUAGACUGCCCUUGUUGGACAGCAAUGAGGAUAGGUACAGUGAUAGUAAAGUUGUACCUAAAAGAAUAAAACUUUUUUGUUUACACUGAAUAAGCAGAUGCAGAUGGAUUGGUGUCUUCCUUUCCUCAUGAGCUGUUUGCUUUGGCUUAGGUGAAACUGUCUAGACUUUUGAACCUACCAGAUACAUAGGUAAGCUCUGGAACUCCUUGCCACAGGCCACGAAUGCCAAAUAUUUCCACUGAAUCAAAAACUGACUGGCUACCUUCUUGGGAGGAAAAGCAUUAGGUUUUAUGGAGUACAGAGACAUUUUCUCUCAUUAAAAAAAUCACUGGACUGGUAGUUGGCGGGUGGGUGGGUGUCGUGGAGGAGUACACCUCAGGUUGUUCCUGUGUUCUCUUAACUACCUCUUCUUGCCCUCAUUCAUGGGUGGACCACGUGAACUCCUGUAUGUUCAAAAUCUCCUUUCCUGUUUCAGGGGCACUUGGAGUGGCCAUUAAUGCUACAUAAUCAUAGCAGUGUCUUUCUGCCAGAUGAGAAGGAGCUGUUGGUCAUUGGUGGUGGUGGAAACUGCUUCUCCUUUGGGACACACUUGAACCCAGAACCUGUCUCGCUAAGCCUCAGCAGCAUCCUCAUCAGUCACUGAGUGGGACCAAGCAGGGCUGGCUGAACCGUGCUACUGCACUGUGGGGAGACAUCUAUUCACUCUAGGUCCAAAAGCAGCACAGUAUUUCCUCAAAGGCUUUGUAUCUAGAAUGCAUUUGUGAAGGUGGGAUCAGGAGGGACAGUUACAGUAAGGAAUUCACACCCCUCUGGCUGUUGUGUUUUUAUGGCUCUUUGUGUUGCUGUAAAUAAAGUACCUCAGAAGCAGCUGGCAGCAGUAGUCUUUAAAGGUGAAGAACAGUGUGGGUUGGAAGGCACUGUGAAGAUCAUCCUGUUCCACCUUCCUGCCAUAGGUAGGGAAACCUUCCACUAAACCAGGUUACUCCGAGACCCAUCCAGUCUGCUGGCCUUGGACACUUUCAUGGAUGAGGCAGCAACAGCUUCUUGGGGCAACCUGUGCCAGGGCCUCACCAGCCUCACAGGGGAGAAUUUCUUCCCAAUAUCCAAUCUAAACCUACUCUGUCUCACUGAGAAGCUGUUCUCCCUUGUCCUGUCACUCCAGGCCCUUGUAAAUAUGUAAAUAAAUAUCUUGAUCUUUCUUGUUGGCCCCGUUCAACUACUGCAAGGCCACAAUUGGGUCACUCCAAAGCUUCUCUUCUCCAGACUGAACAAUCCCAAUUCUCCCAGUCUUUCCUCAUAGCAUAGAGGUGCUCCAUCCUUUUGAUCAUCUUGGGGUCUCCUCUGGAUUCUCUCCAGCAGCUCCACAUCCUUCCUGUGCUGGGACCCCAGAGCUGCAGGCAGCAUUGCAGUGGGAUCUUACCAGAACAGGGCAGAAGUGAGAAAUCCCUGCCUCCCCUACUACUCACACUGUGGGGUCAGCCCAGCACACAGGGCUAGGGCAUAUCCAGCCUCUUGUUCACCAGCAUCCCCAAGUUCUUGGCCAGGGCUGUUCUUGAUCUCUUUAUCCCCCAGCGUGGUUUGAUACUGGGAGUUGUCCUGAUGACAUGGGAGAUGUCCCACAUGCAGCAGCAGCACUUGGUCUUGUUAAACCUCAUGAGAUUCCCAAGGCCCUCUUCUUGAGCUUGUCUAGGUCCCUCUGGAUGGCAUUUGGCCAGGAUGUGGAGCUGCUAGAAUGAGUCCAGAGGAGGCAACAGAGAUGCUCAAAGGCUGGAGCCUGUCUGUUCUGGAGACAGGCUGAGAGAGCUGGAAGUGUUCAGCUUGGGGAGAAGGUUCCAGGGAGAUCUUAGAGCCUUUGACUUCAAGAGAGCUGGAAACAGACUUUAGACAAGGGCCUGGCACUCCAGGACAAGGGGGAAUGGCUUCCCUCUGCCAGAGGCCAGGGGUAGAUGGGAUAUUGGGAAGAAAUUAUUCCCUGUGAGGGUGGUGAGGCCCUACACAGGUUUCCCGGAGAAGCUGUGGCUGCCCUUUUUGUGGAAGUGUUCAUGACAAGGUUGGAUGGGGCUUGGAGCAGCCUGGUCUAGUGGAAGGUGUCCUUGCCCAUGGCAAGGUGGUGGUAUUUGAUGGUCAUUGAGGUCGCUUCCAACCCAAACCAGUCUGUGACUCCAUGAUGAGUGUCUGACAGACUGCACAUCAGGUGUUGGGUGCAGAGAAAUGGUUAACAUUUACUUUGUUUGGUUUUCUUCUCUGUUUCUUUCCUCUCAUCCAAUAUUUUUGGAAUUUGUAUCUAUUUAUUAAAUUAUCUCACCUUACAAGUUUCUCACCUUUUUUUCCUUACUGAAUUGCCAGCUGGGGUUAAAGCACAAGGCCCUUCCCCAGCUCCAUUGCCCUUCUCUGGAUACACUUCAGCAACCUCAGUGUCUUUAUUGUUGUGUGGGGCACAAAACUGAAUAGAGGAUUUGAGGUCCACCUUACCAGAGCCCAGUACAAGGGCAUGAUCUCUUCCAUUGUGUCAUGGAGGCUCAUGAAAUUGAGAGAAAUCAUCUGUUCAAAAGAGAUCUAUUUUAUGAAGCAGUUAACUUCCUCCUGCUCCCAGCAAUUACAGGUCAAAUGAAAACAGAUUUAUGAUAUCAAAUGAAAUUGUUAUUACUUGACUGACUUAAAGAAUCCUGAAGGUUUCAGCAGGGCAACAUGGAAUGCCUGGUCAUUGUGCCCAAGGCAGCGAGGGCUCUCCCUGGGGCUCCUGGGUGUCACAAAGGGAUUUCUGAGCGCCCCGUGCUGUCACAAAGAGGGUUCUGGCUGCCCCGUGAUGUGGAAGAGGGGCUAGCUAACAAAGGUCAUGUUCCCAUUCAGCAAUUAGCUGAGAAAGAAUUAAACAACAGUAGAGUGUAGUUGGUAUGAGAUGUUGCAAGGUCAGAAGACCUUAGUGAUAACUGUUAACUGAGAACUGGACACUGUGAUCAGAAGAAUGUGGAUUCUGCACAGAUAAAUGACCACAAGAAUGUGGAACUAGGUGGAGUUGACCUUAAAUGAAAUACCUAAUAAUGAGCUUGCCUUUGCACUGUGUAUGAGCCUAAUUAUUGAUGUUUUAUAGGGAGUUUGGAGUUGCCAAUAAAUGAAACUUGCUGAUCAUUCA